GAUUAAUCGUCUAUGACGGUUCAAUAGGCUUAUUAAUGUAAACGUUUUUAUUGUUUUGUAUUUAUUUAAUAUAUUGUUACAAGAUGGUUGCAAGUGCAGUAUUUUUCUUAGUAGUUUUAAUGGGAGUUGCUAAUACAAAGGCAGUUGUCACAAAUGAAGAUAUAAGGAUAACAAUUUUACAACUUGUCAAUGUAGUUCGGGCAACGAAUGACAAAUUAGAAAAACACGAAUUCCGCGAUAGGGCGGUCAGCGAGCAAUUAAAGAAAGGCAUCGUUAACAUCGAUAAGAGGAUAAAAAUAUUAGAUCCGGUCAAAGGAACCAUCGCGAGGUUGGAGGAAAGAUUGGCGGCAGUCGAAACGAUUUUAAUGCAAACGAACGAUAAAGAAAAAUCGCAAUUGCAGAUGACGUUCGAGGCGGUCAUUGAUAUACAGAAAAAUCUGCCUGUUGUUAUGGAGGAGAUGAAAAACGAGAUUACUUCAAAGAUUUCAGAUUAUGAACCUCCUGCUGAGAUCACGGAACCUUUAAUGUCGAAGAAAGACUUUGAGAAAAUGGAAAAAGAGGUGAUGAACAAAAUCGACAAAGUUGCCAAUACUAUAGAAAAAAUCGAAAACGAAGUUUCUAAAGUUAAGACAGACAACCAAAAAGUUAAAGAUUUGCAUAACAAAUCAUCGGACAAUUUGGAAAAGUUAAAAAUACACUUGACUGACAGUCAACAGCUGUUAAAUAAAUAUGAUAAAAAACUAGCUGACUAUAACAGUACAACUGGCAAUAAAGAAAACGAAAUGUGGAAGCUCAAUGUCAUAAAUGCUUUGGACGGUCAAAAAUCUAGUGUUAAAGAAAUCUUGCAAGAUCUGAAAAAUCUCCAUGGUCAGGUAAAACAACUACCACAAAACGAUGUAGUUAAUAAGUUACAAAAUUCUGUUAAAAAUUGUCAAGACCCUUUAAUAAAACAAACUUUACACAAGAUCGAAGAUAAAUUGAAUAAUGGACUAACACAACUUACUAGUACUUUGAACAAAAACCUAGCCAACACAAGUAAUGCGGUCAAUUCCCAGAAAUCUAGUGCAAAAGAUAUCUUACAAAAUAUUAAAAAUGUACAAAAUCAACUUCUUAAACUACCUCAGAUAGAAGGAUUGGCAACAAGUCAACGAGAAACUAUAAAAAAAUUAGAAAUUACCAUGAAAAACAUUGAUAUUCUGAGAGACGUUGGUAAAGUGGUUGUUGGCAAUACCAACAAUCUCAUGGAGAAAACAAAUAAUGGUUUGGAUUCUCAGAAAUCUAAUUUUCAAGAAGUUUUAAAGAUUGUUAAAAACCUACCAAACCAACUUCACAAUAUUCCACAAAUUGAUCAAUUAGCAGCUGCUCAACGAACCGCUAUCAGUAAAUUGGAUGAUACUGUGAAAAAUAUGCAUGGUUUAACAAAAGACACAGCUACACUUAUGAAAAGUGUUUCCAGCACAAACAGUGCUUUGGGCGUUCAGAAAUCAAAUACGCAAGAAGUUUUAAGCCAAAUUAAAAACGUACAAAAUCAGCUACGUAAACUUCCACAAAUGGAUGAACUGUCUGCUGGACAGAGAACUGCCAUAAGCAAGUCGGAAGAUACAUUAAAGAAAAUUAAUGAUUUGACAAAAAUAACCGGUACUCUUAUAAGGAGUUUUGCUAAUACGGAUAAAGCUUUAGACGUUCAAAAAUCAGAUACACAAGAAAUUUUAAACAACAUUAAAAGCGUACAAAAUCAGCUACGUAAACUUCCACAAAUGGAUGAACUGUCUGCUGGACAAAGAACUGCUAUAAGCAAGUUAGAAGAUACAUUAAAGAAUAUUAAUGAUUUGACAAAAAUUACCAGUACUCUUGCGAAGAGUUCUGCUAAUACAAAUACUGAUGUUCAAAAUCAGCAACUUAAACUUGCAAAUCAGUAUCAGCAAAUGGAUGAACUGGCUACUGGACAGAAAAUUGCCAUAAAUAAGUUGGAAGAUACAUUAAAGAAUAUCAAUGAUUUGACAAAAAUUACCAAUACUCUUACGAAGAGUCUUGCUAAUACGAAUAAUGCUCUUAGCAACCAAACCACUGACGUCAAAGGAAUUAUACGAAAUAUCAACAAUCUGCAAGACAAGAUAAAGUAUUUACCACAAAAAGAAGAAGUUUUAAAGAAAUUAGAAGAAAUAUCUGUCGGCAGCAGAUCUAAUGUCUCUCUAGAAGAUAUAAAGGAAGCUAUAAAUAAGAUAAAGGACAAUAUAAACAAUAAUCAGAAUUAUACUGCAAAAAGUCUUAAAGAUAUUACGGACUCAACUGGAAAUUGUAUGAAGAACGUACUUACAAACUAUGCUUCUAAUGGCCAACAGUCAGACUUGAAAGAAAUGCUGUCAGACUUAAAAUAUCUACAGACCAAAAUAAACCGGCUACCACAAGAAUUCCUAGAUAUACAUCAAAAUUCCACCUUACAACUAACAAAACUGUCAGCUGACGUAUCAAUUUGUAAACAACAAUCCAAAGACGAAGCUCGACACAUUGUGGAAAGCAUUAUAAACAAUAUCAACAAAACUCACGAUGAUAUCAUUGAAAACCUUAACGAUCUCUCUGAUAUUACAAUUAAUCUUGGACAAAGUUUUGUAACUAACUACGAUAAAAUUAGAAACGAAAUUAAAGGUUUAAAUAGUUUAGACCAAGUCAUGAUAAACACUGCCGAUAGAGUUAUUGACACCAAACGAAAAAUAGAGUUUGGAAUGCACCAAAUUUUAGCGGAGGUAUCCAAAUAUUCAAAGGAAAGCACUAAACAUGUGAGUAACAGACUAGAUACUUUCAAAACGUUAAUUUUGGAUCCAGACAUUGGAAUUAUGGCUAAUGUAACAUCAAAGAUAGAAAAUGACAUCCAACUAGUUUGGAAGCAAAUGGGAAUAAUGCAUAAACAAAUGAGUAGCAACUCAGAUGCUCUUAAACAAUUGCAGAAUCAGACUGAUGCGUAUAUUACUGGUUCCCUUGGGACAAUGAACAAUAUGAAAGGAAAAGUUGGUCAAAUAACGGGCCGAAUAACCGAGGUUGAUGAAAAUAUCACAUCUCUACUCGGCAGAUUUUCAUUGGUAACGCAAGAAUUUAACAGAAUCAAAACCAAUCUCAGCACUGCAUUAGAACAAAUCAAAGAAAGUUUCCAUGCAGUUCAGGAAAAAAUUGAUGGAGAAGUAGGACCACACGAUAUUGACAUCAAUGAGCAAGUGCCUACAGCUUAAUUUUUUUAAUACCUAAUUCUUAUUUGUUGCAAUGUUUGUUCGAGCAAAUAUUUGUUUUUAAGCAUAGCUGGACCUAAUUUUUUGUUAAAGUGUUGGUCAAAUGACGGUCGAAGUAACCGAAGUUGAUAAAAACCUCAACUAUCUACUCGGCAAACUUUCGUUGGUAACGCAAGAAUUUAACACAAUAAAAACCAGUCUCAGCUCCGCAUUAGAAAAAAUCAAAGAAAGUUUCCAUGCGAUAGAGGAAAAAAUUGAUAAAGGACCAGGACCACAAAAGAUUAACAGCAGUGAAGAAGUGCAUUCAACCACUUAAAUUUUUCAAUAAUUCUUAUUAAUUGCAAUGCUUGUUUGAGCGAAUAUUUGUAUUUUAGUAUGGCUAGACUUAUUUUUUUAUUAGUGAGUAAAUAAAAUAUAAAGAAACUCUUUUAAAAAGACUUUUUAACCUAACAUAAUCAACAACAUUGCAAUUAUUCAACAAAUAUUGAGUAUUUGUUAUUGUUACAUCUGUUACUGUUAUGUUACCGUUACAUACUGUUACUGUUACAUGAAACAUAUGUGUUAUUGUUACUAUAUUAAAUACUAUCUUUA